AUGGCGCUCUCAGGAAAAGUCGCUCUCGUCACCGGCGGUGUUAAGAAUCUUGGUGCCCAAAUCGCCCGUGAACUGGCCAGUGUCGGUGCUAACCUUGCUCUACACCACCACUCCGCCAGCAGCGAGAAGGAUGCCGCAAAACUAGCCGCUGAGCUGAAGCAGAAACACCCGUCCAUCAAGGUUGUCUUUUACCAGGGCGAUCUGACAUCUGCUGCGGCUGUGACCAAACUCUUUCAGGAUACCCUGAAGGAUUUCGGCCACAUUGACAUCGUGGUCAACACGGUGGGCAAGGUUCUGAAGAAACCUAUCACCGAGAUCAGCGAGGCAGAAUACGAUUCCAUGUUUGCGAUCAACUCCAAGACUGCUUUCUUCGUCCUGAAGGAAGCUGCUGCCCAUGUCACCGAUGGUGGCAAGAUUAUCACCAUCGUCACUGCGCUGCUCGGCGCCUUCACCGGCCUUUAUACUUCCUACGCUGGAAGCAAAGCUCCUGUCGAACACUUUACCCGAGGUGUCUGCAAAGAACUUCAGUCCCGUCGCAUCAGCGUCAACAAUGUUGCCCCUGGCCCUAUGGACACUCCCUUCUUCUACCCUCAGGAAUCCCCCGAAGCCGUUGAAUUUCACAAGGCCAAUGGCAUGGGCGAUCGCCUAACCAUGGUCGAGGAUAUAGCCCCUAUUAUUAAAUUUCUGUGCACCGAAGGGGCUUGGAUUACGGGACAGACCAUCUUCGCCAAUGGUGGCUACACCACUCGUUGA